CAUGUUUAAAGUUAUUAUUCAAAAAUCUGGACUUGGCACAAAACGAUAAGAGGAAAGUUAAGGUAAAAGCUUCGGCCAAUAAGCUGAAAAUUUCAAAGGACGUUGAAUAAGUGGCGCGGGCAUAGCCAUUUUCAAAGCAAGAUUCAUAUUUUUUUGCUGUUAGGUGCACUAUAUGGCUGAGCUUCGCGUGCACGUAUGACGCUCGAGACAUUUACUCUGAGAUUCAUCUGGAAAUUGCUCCAUAAGCUCAUUGGAAUUGGCUUCAUCUUCAAAAACUGUCGCAUUCAUACUUGCGGAAAGUCUACCAGAAUGAAAUGACUGAAAAAAGGAGCUUCUUUUUCUCCUUUAUUCUGCCCAUCAUCUGAAAAGAUUUCAUUCUCAACCCCUUUUUAUUUUUUUUGAGGAAAAGGGUAUUCACUUGGGAGAUCUAAUGAGAAAAGUAGAAUUAGUUCUCUCAGUCAUUUCUUUCUUUUGGCUGAUUAAUGCUGGGUUUUCAUUCAAUCUUCUUUCACCAAAAGGUGUCAAUUUUGAAGUGGCAGCCCUAAUGUCUGUAAAGAAAGGUAUGGUAGAUGAAAAUCAUGUUCUUGAUGGUUGGGAUAUUAAUUCUGUUGACCCUUGCACUUGGAAUAUGGUUGGCUGCUCCCAAGAGGGCUUUGUUAUUUCUUUGGAAAUGGCGAGCAUGGGAUUAUCCGGCACGCUUUCACAUAGUAUUGGGAAUUUGACUCACCUUCGAACAAUGUUAUUACAGAAUAAUCAGUUGACUGGUGAUCUUCCAUCUGAGAUUGGGAAGCUUUCGGAAUUGCAAACACUCGAUCUUUCUGGUAAUCAGUUUGAUGGAGAAAUUCCAAACUCUCUGGGUGAUCUAGCUCGACUUAGUUACUUGAAGCUAAGCAAAAACAAGUUUUCUGGACAAAUCCCGACAAGCGUUGCUAACCUCGGAGGUCUUUCUUUCUUGGAUUUAUCGUCUAAUAACUUGAGUGGUUCCAUUCCCAAUAUACGUGCUAAAGACUACAGUGUGGCUGGGAAUAUCUUUCUGUGCUCUGCAUCCUCCGAAAUUUGUGUGGCUGCACCAAAACCAGUUAAUGAAAGUAUUACAUACACAAAGGUUAAAGAUCAUCAUCAUCAACAUAUGGUGAUUGCAAUUGCAAUUGGAGUUAGUUGCUCGGUUGCCGUGUCAAUCUUACUUCUCAUAUUUUGGGUUCAUUGGUACAAAUCGCGAGCUUUACUUAAAUCCGAAGUUGGACAAGAUUACGAGUUGGACAUGGGACAGUUGAAAAGGUUCUCAUUACGUGAGCUGCAAAUAGCAACAAACCACUUCAACUCUAAAAACAUACUCGGGCAAGGUGGAUUUGGGGUCGUCUACAAAGGUAUACUUCCAAAUAGGACAGUUGUGGCAGUUAAGAGGCUGAAAGACCCGACUUUCACUGGCGAAAUGCAGUUUCAGACAGAAGUCGAGAUGAUCGGCUUAGCUUUGCACCGCAACCUUUUACGUCUGUAUGGCUUUUGUAUGUCCCCCGAGGAGAAAUUACUCGUUUACCCUUACAUGCCUAAUGGAAGUGUUGCUGAUCGUUUGCGAGUGCAGGUUCUUGAAAUGUUUUUGCGUACGAAACCGAAUCAAACUUCAAAAGGUUUUUACGAUCAUGGUCGAGAGAGGCCGUCCUUAGAUUGGAGCAAGCGCAUGCGAAUUGCUCUUGGGGCGUCUCGUGGCCUUCUUUACCUUCACGAGCAAUGCAAUCCGAAAAUAAUUCAUAGGGAUGUUAAGGCUGCAAAUAUCUUGCUUGACGAGAGUUUUGAGGCCGUUGUUGGGGAUUUUGGUCUAGCCAAGCUGUUGGACCCUAGAGACUCGCAUGUGACCACGGCCGUACGUGGUACGGUGGGCCAUAUUGCGCCGGAAUAUCUUUCCACUGGACAGUCUUCGGAGAAAACAGAUGUUUUCGGAUUUGGAGUGCUACUUUUGGAGCUCAUAACUGGACUGAAGCCAAUUGAUGGUCGUGCGGCCGAUGGUCAGGUCCACAAAGGAAUGAUCCUCGAAUGGGUUAGAACUGUGUAUGGUGAGAAGAAACUAGACGAGGUCGUGGAUAAACAUCUGAAGGGGUGUUUUAACUCGGAUGAAUUAGAAAAGGCCGUGGAACUCGCCCUACAAUGCACUCAAUCAAAUCCCGAUCAACGGCCGAGAAUGUCUCAGGUUUUGAGAGUAUUGGAAGGAAUUAACGGGCAAGCGGACCCCACAGAGGGACAAGGCCCGGUUGACUUAUGCCAAGGCAGGACUUUUAGUUUUUCUUGGAACUUGAGUGAUGCACGCGAUGACUCUUCAGUUAGUAUUGAGGCAAUCGAACUUUCGGGCCCUCGAUAGUUUUCUCACUCUACUGCUAAUACCAAUCUUAAUUUGUUGAAUGUGGACAGUUGCUGGAAAUAGCUAAUUCAGUUUGUUGCUAGGAACUCUACAUGUUUAGGAUGCAAGUGUAAAUAUUAGUUAUUUUAUUUCAUUCUGAAGAUUUUGGGACACUGAAAAAUGACAGUGGAUUGGGUUCAGUGGGAUGUAUGAAAACCUAAAAUUCCAGCUUUAUUAUCAC